GUGGUGAGCCUUCUUCUAGGGCUGCUUGUGUGACUAAAGUUAAUAGGUUAUAGUGAAAUGUCAACCAAACCUGAGGAGCUGAAAAGAGCCUUCGACAGAGAAUUUGAUAUUACUGAUUUUCGAUUGGUAUGGGAAAAAGCUAGUGUUCUUUCAGGACGCUGGGACUCUAUUGGUAUUCUGUUAGGAAUCAGCUCUAAUAAGAUAGAUGAGAUUGAAGCAGAGGGCAAACCGCCAAGAACUUGCCUACGGAAAGCAUUUGAUUGCUGGUUAAAGAAGGACUAUGAUUAUAAGAGUCAUGGUGUCCCUACAUUAAGAAUGCUGUGUAACUCCAUUAAAAGUAAUAGUGGAGGAGCUGAUCCAGCUCUAGCUGAUAAAAUAGCAAAAGAAUAUGCCAUUAAUCUUACUAUAAAUAGUAAUGGAAAGGCUACUACAUCACCAGUCCAUACGUCAUCUUCUAAAGCUACUCCAACUGUUGAGCUACCAGUUCCUACUUCACCUCAAUCUGAGUCUUCAGUUGUUUACGUUAAGAAAAAGUCAAUUGAAUAUUCACCUGAAAACCUAACAAGAAUGAUUGGAGAUCUACAAGAAGUUUACCUUGAUAAUAUGCGUUUUACUAAAAAAUCGUUUUAUUCCAUUGAUGUCUCAGAAGUUGUCGAUUUUAUUCAAGAUUAUAUUGCACUUUUACUCAGUCCACGUUUUCGUAAAACGCAAAUGAUUGAAUCAAUUGAAAAAGAGUUUGACCAUGUUAAACAAAUGAAGCAGUUGUUUAAGGCAUUAGAAAAAUACAUUUCGUGGUUCAAUUUUGAACUUGUCGUCAAGCUAGUGAAUACUUUUAUUACUGAUGAGAGUGAUUUACAGAGGAAGUGGUCUACAUAUCGAGAUAAAUUAAAAGAUUAUUUUAAAAAUAACAAUACUAAAGCAAUUCAAAUUGCAGACUCAAUUGAGUUUGGUCUUUCUGAUGUUCCAGGCACUAAAGUAAUGAUUGCUAAGGUUGCCAGAGACGACUACACAUUAAAUGAUUUAUAUUUCUUUCAUAAGCUGAUCACUGAUGCACUUGAAGUUCCAGAAUAUAAAUUCUAUUUUUGUACCAUUGACGAUGGCUGCAUGGAAUUAAAAUAUUCCAUUUCUGAUUUUCUUUAUUCUGUUCUCUUUCCAUUAACCAAUCAACAGUGUCACUGA